AUGUACCAAAUCGAAGAGCAUCUGGCACCGUUACCAGGCGUUGUUACAAACUCACUUUUGGACGAAUCCAGUUCCAAUGAUGAUUCCUGCGUUGAAAUUACGUCUGUUGUCGAUGAAAAUGAAAAUGAAUUAAUUAAAUGGACUACUUAUCUACAACUUAAUUCGGACAGCAACGAUGAUAGCGAUGAAAAUUAUUCUUCAACUCAACCUGCACCACUCGUCAAUUAUUCAUCGUCAGAAUCAUCUAGUGAUAAUGAAAACUUAUUACAAUCAUCUCAUCAAUCUACAUCUUCUAAUAACAACAGUAAUGUCGAUAUUACGUCUUCAUCAACAUCAACCAUCAUGAAAAAGCGUAAAAAACGCAAGCGUCUCGAUGGAGGUGGUAAAAAAUUUACUUAUGUGGAACUUGAUUCUCGUUUAUUUGCCUGGUAUCGUCAAAAACGUACUGAUCCUGGAUCGACAACAAUACCUGCUUCUGAUAUUCGUAAGGAAAGAGUAACAUUUCGUCAACUUGAACGUCGUGGACGACAAUUAAGUGAAGAAUUAAAUCAUCCAUGUCCAUCAUCGAAAUGGUUUGGUCGUUUUCUUGCUCGUCAUCGACUCUCUUUUCAACGUCCAAAACGGCAACAGAAGAUUCCACUCGACGAUGUUCAUCAAAAAGCAACUUCAUUUUAUACUUUUCUUCGACGAGCAAGUCGAUGGGCUCCAAAACGUGGUGCAAUGGGGGCCUUUACUCCACGUGACGUCUUCAACAUGGACGAAUCUCCACUGGCAUUAUUCGGCGAUCAAUCAAAACGAUCAAUCAAUGAUAUCAACACUUGCAAUGAAAGAUUUUGUACGGUCAUUCUCACAGUGUCAGGUGAAGAUCAACGUGUUGAUCCUGUUUUAUCAUUCAAAGGGAAGGGUCAUGUUUCGCCUGAUGAACAGAAACAAUAUGCCAAGGGUGUCAAGGUGUUCUUCACUCCCGAAGCUACAGUCGAUUCUCCAUUAUUACAUAUAGAUGAAUCCGACGACAAUGAUGAAGAACAACAGCAAAUACCAAUUCAAGCAAAAUUAGCUGAAGAUCAUGACAAAAAUUUAUCAAAUCAGAAAAAUAAACAAUUAAAAUUAACUCAUUUUUGGAAAAAGUAA